CCCCACAGCCCCCCUCAAAGAUCUGCCAUCCAAGCUCUGGGUGGAUUUCGCACUCCCUGGGAUCUGAGUCCAACCACAGGUCAGAGGCACCCUGUGAUUUGUAAACUUCUGACUGAGAUUAACCUGAAGCCUUCAUCUCCUAAUGGUAUUAAUAGACCUCUGAACAGAAGGAUUACAAAAACUGGUCUGCAGUUAUGCCUCAUGGAAGACCUGCCCCACCUAACAAGAGGAAAAAGCCCUCUAAGAUCAUCACUGACCUGUCACAUGUCACUCAAGAUGAGUUUGACCCUGAGGCGUCAGAGUUUGACUUGGGGAUGAAGAUCAAGACUCCCAAGGACACCAUGCUGGAGGAGCUGAACCUCUUCACCAACAAGGGCUCCAAGAUGUUCAAGAUGAGGCAGAAACGUGUGGAGAAGUUCAUAUAUGAGAACAACCCUGACCUCUUCGGCAGUGAGUCUAUGGAGAACUUCCAAAAGUUGGUCCCCAGCCUGGGUGGUACAAUGAUGUUGGAUGCUAGUGGCCACGUGGUGGACAAGCAAUCAGGCCCUCCUGCACCCCCUCCCAAACCAGGCAAAGAUGGGCAUGGUCAUGGUAAUGAACAUGGUCAUGAUCAUGAGCAUGGACAUGAGCAUGGUAAUGAGCAUGGGCGCCAUGGAUACCAGGGACAUGUACAUCAUGAUGAUGUUGCUCCAGGAGAACAUGGUCAUGGUAGUCAUGGAGUAGAGGUUGCCUUAGACAAAGCCAAGAAAAGGCAUGAUUAUGUUCCCUCAUACGUAUCACCGUGGGAAAAGGCCAUGAAGGGCAACCAGGAGCUGACAUCCAGCAUGAGAUAUCAUAUGCCAGUCCCCCAUGCCCACCUUGAUUUGCCCAAGUACAAGUCCUUCAACAGGAGUGCUACACCAUUUGGGGGCUUUGAUAAGGCCUCUCAGCUCAUGACCUUCCAACUGCCAGACACCCAUGAGGUGGCCCAUGAGGAGCCUGAACCAGCUGUGGUAUACCAGCAUGACAUUGGCGCUCGACCCUCCUUCAACCGUACUCCUAUAGGCUGGGUGGGAAGCAGUGAGCCCAGCAGCAUCCACAUGGAGUUGGAUGCCCUGCCCUUCGAUGGGGAGACUGACGACCUGUGAACAGCAUGCCCCACAGACCCAGAUGUGCAGACAGAGACCGCGCACAAUAUAUACAUCUACAUAAAGAAAAAACAUACACUUUUUAGAAAGGUUUGUGAGCCAGUCAACUUUUCCUUGAGUUCAAUUCAUGAAAGAAAUAGUUCAUGAAAACAAACCACAAAGCUCAAUAUUGGGCUCUUUAAAUUAGAAUGCAAGAGAGAGAGAGAGAGAGAGAGAGAGAGAGAAAGAAAGAGGGGGUGAUUAGUUAGUAUGUUUGCAACAAAGAAAUCAAUCAUGAACAAAGACAUCAAUCGUGAGCCUAAUGUGUUCAACUUCCCAGUGAACACAGGAGGCUACCAUAACUGUGAUUUAUGCGUACUCUUAUUUUUUUCUCUCAUUAUGAUUCAUUUAGUAGGCAUAGUAUAUUGUUCAAUCACACAAGUCUCCAGCUCAGUCACGAAGCAGCAGCAUAACAUAUUUUGUCCAUGAGGAGAGACAAAUAAACAGGACCGAAGGGUUGAACUUUGUUUCGUUUUUUUUUUCUGUGUCAGCAUGUUGCUGUGUCCACUGCUCAUCCGGGAGAGCUACAAGUUGUUCCUCUAGCUAUAGCCUUCUACCAUCAUGGUUUUUACUGUAUUUCUCUGUUUUCUGUGUUUCUGUGCCACUUUGACUUUUGACAGCUUUGUCGUGGCCCUGCAAAUCCAGCAGCCUAGCCUAGGAUGCAUGCAGUAAGCGUGAGGUGUGCUAAUUUCUGUUGCGUGAUAGAGAUUGUGAUGAACUAAUACAGUACUGCAUCACCCAAGAUUUCUCCCUAAUAAACUUUUUCCAAUUGUA